AUGGAGCUCGCCGGAUCUUCGCCGACGUUAAGCGGAUCUCCAGGGGUGAUGCUAUUUCCAAAACACGGUGGUGGUUGUAUUCUGUACAAUCCAAAAGAAGGCAAGAUAGAAAGGAACCUGCAUGGAGACUUCCCAGGGUGUCGAUUCCUGGCAAACUCGGGUAACUGGUUCUUGGUGUUAGAUUCUGAAUCCAACUUAUACAUCAUAGACGUGUUUAGCAAGAAAACGAUCCAUCUUCCGUCUCUAGAAUCGCUUAGGUCAACUACUUGUUCUAUCAAACGCGUGGGUGAUAAAGGAUUUUUAAGGCUAGAUAGGACCAAUAUUUUUGUUGAACAGGAUUCUGAUGCUGUGAGCUCUGAUGUCGUGAGGGGUCUUUUGUGGGUAGAUGAGGGAGGCAAAGAUUACGUUGUGGUGUGGUUCUUCGACCACGAAUAUAACCACGAUUAUAUAAGCUUCUGCAAGAAAGGGAUACUUAUUACACUGACAUCCCUCUGUUUUACCCAGACAACCAUUGGUUCAAGGGCUUAUCUGAGAUGGUGCUACGUGGUUACACUCUUUAUAUCACAACGAGCCGUCGUUUUGUUCGAGUCCUAG